CUUUCACUCGAACGCUUGAACGCUAGUUUGUCUUUUGAAUUCCCCUGCUCUUAACUUUUCUCUCUUCUCUUUUUCUCUCAGCCCAUUGAAUCGGAUCACUUGCGUGCGUGUGCGCGUGCGAAUGUCCACUCUUAUCUUACUGCAACCGCACCUUCACCAAGUAUCGUCGUCUUUACCGAUUCACUAAAACUCCUUGUGUUCUACAGCAAUGGCUCUAUUCUUCCAACUGGCUAAAAUUCGACGCUCUCCUGUGCCUUCUACUCCCUCACCCAGUUCUUCUCCGUGGGUCUUUGAUAUUCCUGAGGCUACACGAGCAAUUCUCGAGAACCUAGCUGAACCUCUGACUGUUGUGUCAUUCUUUUCGUAUCACAGAUCAAUUCAGGAUGCUCUAUGUGAUGCAGCAGCAACAGCAGCAGCAUCUGCGUCAGUUAUCAGAAAUUCAUACAGUAGCGAUACAAAUAAUGAACAGGAACAGACCAAUGACACGGAGACAACAUCGACAACAUCAACAACAGAUAUUAGGCUUCUCGGUGGUGGCAUCUGGGCUUGGCUAUCAUCACCAACAAGUACAAUGGAUUCUGUAUCAUCUAGUCACCCGGUUCAUACACUCUACGUAAUAUACCGACAUGAUAACAGCAUCAGUCCUAAUACAUUAUAUGAUAGUACGACGGAGAACAGCGCUUUCUCAUUUCCACUCCAUGGGAUUCUUGAACCUAUACUUGCCCUCUUCUCAAACCAGUUGAACAUUGUAUCGCCCACGAUCUACGAUACCGAAGGGGAUUUGGCCCGACUAGCGCGGUCGUUACUCACAUUGCAGACGACGCAACGUCACUACCCGCCUUUCGACUUGCCAAGCCUGAAUUGGCGUUGGAGCGAUCCUGUUAAUAGAGCAAUAUCAAAUUCAAAAGCCAAGAGCGAUCAUGGACAUGCUCGUGGAGCUGCUACACUCGAGAUGUAUAUCAGCGAUGCUAGAAAGUCCACCGGCGUAAUGUCUAUUGAAAGCGAAGAUAUUGCAGCGCAAGUUGCAGUGCUCGAGCAGUUUUUUAGGUCCAUCAAGUGUUGUCCCUCACCAGCGUCAUCGAAGAUUAAUAACAGGGCUGGAGGAAGUAUUCGUAAAAGGCGAUCUAAAAUGAACGAACAAUCAAUCGAGGCUGUCCUCAUGCGAGAUCUAAAGGAUUUGACAGUGACUGACACAAAAAAAAGUAAUGAGGCUCAUAUUGACAGCUCCUGGUUUCAUGAGCUCACGGGCCGUAGCAAACAGCGGCCGGAUAAUCAAAGCACUUUAACAGAGAGCCAGAAGGCUACAAGUGGUGCUGUACUCUAUGCCAAGCUCCAGACAUACUUGACUCAGUUAAAUGGAUGUUCAGCACCACUAAAUCUGUCCGACCUGCAGCAAGCCGCACGCGAUGCCAUUCGUGAACGUGCAUUAUACAAUGGAGCACAUACAUACCACCGUAUCAUGAACGAGCAUCUGGACCGACAACCCAUCCCAUUACCUUGGCACACUCUUGCAAUGCUCCAUCACGAUGCUCAAUCUAGAUCAUUAGAAGAAAUCGAAAGGCGCUAUUAUCUUGGUUUCGAGUAUUACCUACCCAAGUUGCUUGGUGAUUUUCGGACUCAUUGUCUCAAAACCACUAUCACAGACCAUGCUUCAGGAAAGUCUGCAGCUGCAACGGAUGCAAACCUUGUUGGAGCAACAUCGGCUUUAGAGAUGAUGGUUCCCACAGGAGGGCUUUAUCUGGAAUAUUAUAACGCAAAUGCUUCGGCACUGCAGAACCAUCAUAUGGUUACUUUAGAUGAACAUUGGCAAGUAUUCAAGAACCGUCUAUUAGGCAAUCAGCGAAAUAGCAGUAGUUUAGCUUCAGCUACAGUGUCACCUCUAACGCUGAGAUCUUCACCCGAUAUUAAGGACUAUUCUGACUUUUUACAAGCCGUUGAUCAAGUUCGCAGAAACUAUCUUGAGACGUGCAUACCUAGCGCGGAAGCCCUUUCUAUUCUAGAAAACUUGGAUGAGAUGCAACAAGCUGAAUCUGUCAUCUUCCUACAAUCGGUUGCUAAUACUGCUCCAAACUCAGCUUUACCCACAUCUCCAGUCACUCUUUCAUCUCAUUUGAAGCGAUGUUCUUCUAUCUCCUCUUCAACACGUCAGUCUCUCGUCCUUAUGAAUGGAAGCAUUGGUAAUAUUGCUGGGGCAGGUAGUGCAAGCAGCGCAGAUGUUUUAACUGAUACACUGAACGGGAAGAGCACCAGCAUUCAGGCUUUAGCAUCAGUAAAUGGAAAUGUGGACAUUAAUAGUACUAGCACUAGCAUAUCGAGAAGCGCGACAGCACAAUCACUACAGCAGAAUGAGCAUGCUCCGACAGAGCUUGAACAACAGAUCGCUGAGAUUAUGAUGGCUAAGAGGCGGUCCAAAUUGGAAGACAAUGACAAAGACUCGCAAGAUAAAGAGUUGGGUAGUGCUGGCAUAGAGUCUUCCAGCAGUACCGGCAACGUAGAUGGUUCAAUGUCAAGCGAUCAAAAAGAGCACGCCAAUAGCACAGUCGUCCAGUUCGGAUGGACAAUUCACAUGCUACAUGCCAAUACAUUGCAAUAUGCCUGGAUCUGGAAUUGGCUAUAUUCCCACGAAGGAUCAUCUCGCCAGAAUGUAGUUGCCUGUGAUAGCAAGACGUAUACUGCUUCAAAAUGGAUUAUCCUCCCUGCAAAGGAUAUAAUCCGCACCCGUAAAGAUUGGAAGGUCAAAUAUGGUGACCGUGUCUGGAUUAUUUCAUAUUGGUUUUCUACUAGGAAUACUAAAAUAGAAAUGCCAGAGUAUCUACCACGAGCGCAAGGAGCCCCAUGUCGACAUAUUGUCCCAUAUGGUGAAACUUAUGUUAUUUGUAAGACCUGCCCAGCUGAUGUUCUUUGCAUGAGAUGUUUCCGAGCUUCGGAUCAUGCUGAUCAUACGAUGUACUUGCAGUGCUCUUGGGGGACAUCUGUCUGCGUCUGUAGCGAUCCUUCCAGGUUAAAAAUGAGACGGAUGCUUCACUGUUCAUUGCACUCUGCGGAAAGUCAAAAAUCUUAUUCAGGCCAUACAAAGGGCAAACCAUGUCAGAUCAAAUUUAAGGCGGGUGAAAAAGUGUAUCGAUGCAAGUCGUGCGCUACCAAUGCCAACGAUGAUGCGGUACUCUGCGUUCGAUGUUUCCGCUCUCACAACCACUUUGGCCAUGAUUUUAUAGCUCAACUUGCAAGAGACGGCUCCAGUUGCAGCUGCUGUGAUGGAAAGUUCUGGAAAUUCGAUUUGCGUUGUGCAUACCAUAGCCCUGGUGUUCUCGAGAGCGAAUAUCUUCCAAGGUCUAUCAGGCUACCUUCACCUUCUAAAUCACCAUGGAAACCUUUACCACCUGAGCAAGAGGCUGCUUCAUCAUCGUCUUCCCCCUCUUCUCCAGCUCUGGUUCACUCUACCACCGAUGAUCAGACUUCACCCUCACUUCCACCUAAAGCUGUAUCAGAAGUAGCCAAAGCAUCAUUAGAAUCACAACGAUGCGGACAUAUAUUCAAGCCUGGCGAAGAUAUCUAUCACUGUAAAGACUGCAGUUUCAAUAGUAUGGUGGUAUUAUGUGGGCGAUGCUUUCACAACUCACGAUGCGUGAAACAUCGUUGGAGGAUGGGUGUCUUCCAGCAGCCCGAUGUCAAACCAAGGACCAGUUCUGAGUUGACUCGCGGGAUCCCCGCUGAAGAGUCGACUCGUGAGAUCGCUGCUGAAGAGUCAACCCACGAGGUCCCUGCCGAAGGCGAACAAGCUGAAAUAGGUAUAACCAUGAACACUGUAGACUCGCCCUGUUACCCAUCGGAUGAGACACUGGAGCAAGAAUUACCAGAAAGUGAGAAUAAUGAAAGUAAUGAGGAAGAGCUACAAGAUGAGGCAGUUUAUCAUGUAUCAUGCGAUUGUGGUGAUCCAACCAUGUUUAAGACUGCGUUUGACUGCAACUAUCAUUUACCACAGGAAUUCCGACCUGUUCCAAGUCUCAGUCAUUGCAAUUAUCUCUUUGAGCGUCAUGAGAGUAUGUGGCGCUGUCGAACUUGUCAUGUUGUUGAUAGCGAGCACAUCACAAAUCCUUCUUUAAUGCUGGAUUCGAUCCCAACGGAUGACUCAGAGGAUGAACAUCAGUCUAGCUUGCCUACUGCAACAUCAGACAUAUGGAUUUGUACUCGUUGCUUUAAAUCUGAAGACCACAUUGGCCAUGAGAUUGAGGAAGGGAUCAAUAAGCAUAAUGAAGGUCUAUACUGUCACUGUGGUGACCCAAGUAUCCUAAGACAGCCACCUACACAAGCCAAUAUUAAUAGUACAGAUUGCAAAGACGAUCAUAAUCGACAGACUGUGCUUUGUGUUACGGAUAUAAAGGAAGGUAUGCACUACUACCAAUGCAAGACAUGUCAGACAGAUCCUGGAAGAGUAUUUUGCGAGUCUUGUUUUAUCAAAGAAGCCCAUCAGGGCCACAGUUAUCUGCGAUUGUAUGCCUCGAUUGGAUUUGAAACUACGCGAUGUGGAUGUGGUGAGAAUAGCGCGUUUCGCUUUGCUACACAUUGUGAGCGGCACGAGCGGGCUGGUGGAACGAACAUCGUUCACAGAUGCCUUUAUACUGCGAGUGCUGGUGAAUGGGUUGCAAUUUGCAGUGAUUGCUACCCUCCACAAGAUGGUAUGGCCCCACCAUAUCUUUGCUUAAGAUGUCGUCAAGCUUCAGAUCAUUUAGAUCAUAAUGUCAAAUGGAUCAAGAUAGAGCAAGAUAUGUCAUACCCAUGCGCAUGUGGCUCACAUUCACUAUCUCGUCUGGCAUUAUCUGAAGUGUCGUAUGGUAUGCCUUCUGUUCAGAUCACUGCUCCUGACGAUAUCGACGAGGCAGACAAAAUGAAAUUUAUCGAUCCCCCAUCGCUUUGCCAGUAUCAUACCAUGAUCUACAAGACUACACCUUCGACUACACUCUAUCUCCAUUCGCACAAUCAUCGAUCUCUUAAUCACCAAGAUCAUAACGAGGUUACUGGAUACCGAUACCACGACAGUAACAAUGAUUGGAUCGUCACUCGACCAGAGCCCGAUAUCAAGAAACCACUCUCGCCUUUUCUGCAAUGGAAAGAUGUAUUUUGGCUGCAGCAUGUUAAUACAGGCAAAUACCUCAACUCAAUGGCCAGCCUCAAGAUAAAUCAAGGAUUUCAAGAAGUUAGUGCUAUAGAGGGACCACAUAGUAACAACGACUGGGUGGUCGAAGAAACCACAUGGCUUAGACAACAAAUAUUGAGCGACGAGUAAUGGUUUCUAUUAAAAACAUUGAGGGGUUUUCUU